UGUCCUUUCAGCUUCGUUCUGCGGCCAACGAUGUACAUCCGACUGCCACGCGCCAGCAGCUCGUACCCUCGUGAGAAAAUACGCGGAAGGCGAGUUGGUGCGCCGGAGUCCUCCCCAUCGACCUGCGAAAUAUGAGACGGAGAACGAUAUUCUGCAAUUCGAAUUCGAAGUCUCGAUCAAGACGAAUGAAUGGGAGUUGACCGCGGUGUUGAUCGGCGGUCCAUUGUUCCUCGCGGCUGAUCCUCCCAAAGCCUGGCAUUGUGACGAUCAUCUCGACGCGAUUAUGUUAAGCCCGUUCAGAAUGCGAAUCCCGAUCCGGGAACAGCUUGCACUUCUGGUUUUGAUAUCCGCCUUGGUUGGACUUACUGUCAUAUCCGUCGCAACAUGGAUCACCAAUCAGAACUUCGUUCUAAGCGUUCGGGCAUCGGAACUCGCACUGACGGCGUCCCUGAAAGCGGCGCAACUCGCAUCGAACUUGCAGUUGAUGCAGUCCCUCGUCAGCACAGUCUCUACUCGAUUGAUCAUCCAGCUCGCCCUCGAGCGCUAUUACGGUGGAAAUGAUACCGAAUCGAAUUGGACGCGGUCCUUCGAUGACAUCCAGGCGGCUGUAAACGGAGUUCGCGACGGUGGUUUGGCUAUGCAAGCCACCGUGUCGCUCAGAAAUGAAUCUACCGUCGUAGUGAAUGCUACGGCUCCCGAUCCAGUCGAGCUGCCGUACACAUAUCCGAAUGGGACUCGAGUCACCCUUGGAGAUGACAGUCCUGCGUACCCUCGUAUAGGCUUCCCACCGCCGCUCUACCCGAAUUUCACGUUCCUUUGUAUUCCGCGAAACGAGAGUUUCUGUGAGCCUAGGGUGGAGUCGGACGGCUUCGUGCUGAGCCAGGACAAUUCCCUGCUCCUUGGUCCAUAUAUGAUCAACGAGACGUUCGCCAUGGUGUCGAUCACUCGACCGAUCAUCAAUAACGCAUUGAACGCGGAUAUUCUGGGUUGGUUGACAACAUGCUUUGACGCUCGGUUGAUAUUGGACGUCAUCACGUCACGAGAAGGUUUGGAUCAAACUGGCAUCACCCUCGUUCUUGGUUCCGCGAACUCCACGAACCUUUUCCCUCCUGGCGUCGUAUACAAUGAAGGUGAAUUCGACCAGUCUGCGCUCAACGAUGAGCCUGUACGUUUUGUGCUAUCUCCGAACGAUACGUAUGGAAGACAUGGAUUUCGUGCUACCUCCUCCUUACUGGAGAGUUUCCGUUUGGGUGACUUCCGAGGGCUUGCUCACGCUUUCAAAAGGUCGGACAUGAUCAACAAUGCUGGAAGCAUUAUCCGCGCAAAGAACGAGGAGGGCAAGGAAGUGUCCAUUGGCUAUGCCAUGGCGCCGACGAAUAUUGUAAACUGGGUCAUUGUCAUCGAACACGCUCGUAGCGAGAUCUGGGCGCCUAUCAAUAAACUUCGGACUAUUAUUCUCGGUUGUAUAUUCGGAACAAUUGGCGCCGUUCUUAUCUUGGCCUUCCCGGCCGCUCAUUACUCGAGUCGGCCUAUCCGUAGACUGCGGGAGGCAACCAAGCAGUCAGUCGACCCUCCAGGUUACUCGCCAGAGGACGACCAUCUAUCCAGAUCCAGUGGUCACAGCGACGGCCAUGACGAGGAGCUAGCGCGGAAGGAAGGCUUCUUCGCGACCAUUCGUCAUUGGGGUCGCAACCGUGACUUGUCACGGGAGGAACGUCAGGAUCUUCAACGCCGAUGGCAGUUUCGCAUCCCAGCGAAAGUGCGGGAACGAAAGCACCUGGUUCAGGAUGAGCUUUCCGACUUGACCAAGACCUUCAAUGAGAUGACGGAUGAGCUAAUGAUGCAAUACACGAAACUGGAGGAGCGUGUUCAGCAGCGUACGGCGGAGCUUGAGACGAGCAAGCGAGCGGCAGAAGCGGCCAACGAGAGCAAAACCUUGUUUAUCGCAAACAUCUCCCACGAGUUGAAAACACCGCUGAACGGCAUUAUGGGCAUGUGCGCCGUGUGCAUGGGCGAAGAGGAUCCCGUCAAAGUCAAGCGUAGCCUUGGAAUCAUCUACAAGAGUGGCGACUUGCUUCUCAACUUAUUGACCGACCUCUUGACAUUUAGUAAAAACCAGGUUGGACAGUACCUAUCACUCGACGAAAAAGAGUUCAAGAUCCGUGAUAUUAGUUCUCAGAUUUUGGCCAUUUUUGACAAGCAGUCGAGAGACAGCGGUAUCAAAUUGGCCGUGAAAUUUGAAGGACCAACUGAAGCCAACAUUGUGGAUGGUGGACUUUCUGAUAAACGAGAGAUGGGGCCGUUUGGUACAGGCAAAGUCCGCAACUUGGUCCUCUGGGGUGACCAACACCGCAUACUGCAGGUUGUGAUCAACCUUAUAUCAAACAGUCUGAAGUUUACGCCGUCGAAAGGCAGCAUAACCCUUACCAUUCGUUGCCUCGGCGAGUGGGAUCAGGCUAGCAGUAGUCGAAAGGGGUCGUUUGGGUCAAAACACAACAGUGGACGCACAUCCCAACCCAAAGCGUCGGAUUCAGAAGGCAGCGUCGCAACUGGCAAGAAUCACAGCACUGCGAACGAGAUCAAUCCAUAUGAUCGACAAUUUAGCAAGUUCCACGAGCGGAAUUCCAGCCCUCCGCCAGGCAAGAUACUGUUGUUCGAAUUCGAGGUCAAAGACACUGGCCCUGGCGUCCCAGAACCUCUUCAACAGCGGAUUUUUGAGCCAUUCGUCCAAGGAGACUUGGGUUUGAGCAAGAAAUACGGCGGAACCGGCCUCGGGCUCAGCAUCUGUGCCCAGCUGGCGAGCUUGAUGAAAGGUCACAUGGUCUUACAGAGCGAAGAUAGCAAAGGAUCCACAUUCACGAUGCAGAUACCGUUACGACAUUUAAGUUCCCGCGCUGACAGUACGGCUUCGUCCAGCUUGUCAGGAGCCGAUCCGCAUGCAUCCGCAGACGAUCUGAGGGCAACUCUGAAGACACCAGAUUCAACACAAAGCGCGCCUGCCAGCACCGGACCUGGUCCAGUGCCUUUCGAAACGGACAGCAAGCCUCGAUUAGUCGGGUUGAGUACGCCAUUCUUCGCCAGCACGUCGCCGCUCGAAGGUCCCAAUAGCCAGCAGGCGGCCAUUCAAAGGGUUACUGCGGAGGCGACGAAGCGUGGAGAUAAAGUGAAGGUUCUUGUUGCAGAAGACAACAAGACCAAUCAGGAAGUGGUGCUGCGGAUGCUGAAACUGGAGGAUAUCUUUGAUAUUACAGUCGCAGAAGAUGGUCAAGAGGCGGUAGACCUGGUCCGGCAGAGUAUGGAGACGCACAAUCCAUACAACUUGAUUUUCAUGGAUGUGCAGAUGCCCAACCUAAAUGGUCUGGAGUCUACACGCCUUAUCCGACAAUCUGGAUACACGGCCCCGAUCGUCGCUUUGUCCGCCUAUUCCGAAGACGUUAACAUCAAAGAAUGCCUCGAGUCGGGCAUGAACGAUUUUAUCUCCAAGCCCAUCCGCCGUCCACGACUCAAACAGGUCCUAAAGACAUAUUGUCCGCCGAUUCCCGAAGAAUCGGAAGAAGCUGGGCCGUCGCGGUCCAACUCGGACAAGGCCAGGGUGGAUGGUAACUCCGGCGAGGAGUUGGCCGACGAUACUAGAAAUUUGUCGGUCGUCCACAACGCUGCUUCUGAGAACCCAAUCAUUGUUGGGGAUGUCUCAACGCAUGAUUAUCAUAGAGGGAAUCAACCAAAAAGUUGAUUCCUCACAAAGUGCUUGGGCGAUUUCGAAUACCCCGUUUCCUACUCGUGGAGUUUUGUACAUGGUUUGCUGCAUCUUUUGUUAAUGUGAGGAUGCUACGACUACAUAUACCUGGACCU